GCCAAACGCAGCCUUCCUAUGCUUUGCUCUCUCCCGCGUGCUCUCUUAGCCGCUACUCCACCCCCACCCCCAAAACUGUCGGAACUGCAGGAAACGUUAAAAAAAAAUUUUUUUUUUUUUAGGCAGAGAGAGAGAAGAAAAUUUGAUUGAGAUAGUGGUGGAUUUUCUCCAACAAGUUUCCCUGCAGCUGUUAUCAAAACAUGCAAAUGAGAUUUUCCAACAGGAUCUUAAAUCUGGAGGAGCUAACGCCGAGGCAAAAUAAUCUGCCUGUUUGAAGUGACUGCGGGUUUCAGUUUGCCGGUUCUCCCUGUGAUACUAUUGCAGGGGAAUGAUAAUUAGACCUUUACUUGAAAAAUCCAAAGGGGCUCUCUGCUUUCUCUUCGCUCACUCCCUCCCUCCCUCUCUCCCUCCCUCACCCUCUCUCUCUCUCUCUCUCUCUCUCUCUCUCUCUCUCUCUCUCUCGCUCAGAUGUUGGCAAAGGGGUUUUUCUUAAUCAGACUGCUUUUGGGUCCGAGGGAAAGGAGGAAGGAGAUUGUGAUGGAGAAAGGGGGUCUGUAAAUCGUCAGGCACCGCACAAAGGCUUUGCCACGUAAUUACAGGCUCCUAUUAAGUCGAGAUCUGCCCUCCCAGGGGUCUCCAAUUUUCUUGUAUUCCGCACAAAGCGUCCUCUGCAUGCCAGUUUGUGCCUUUUGAAGUGCCAGAGAGCUUCUUGAUCCAACUGAGAAGGAAAAGGCGCUGGGCGGCAAGAAGAGGGGGAGCGAGAAGGGAAAGGGGGGAAACCCACCGCCACCACCCUCCUUCGGACUCUCGAAGCCCUACUUUUUUUUUUGUUCCCCUCCUAACGAAAAGUAAAGUGAGAAUCCUGCUCUCCAGUACAUCUGCAAGACAUCACCCUCUCCUCCUGAAACUUUAGUCACUCCUGAGAAUCCACAGGAGUGCCGAGAGGGGGAACACGUUUUCUUGAAGAUGUUUUAAAGCUGGAACAAGCCUUCUUCUGUUGGUGCUUGAACUCUUGCCUGGGAAUAACUUUUUUAACCUUAAAAAAACCCACUUUGAUUCUUGUCUCCCACCCCUUCUCUCUCCCGUGUUUGCCUGGCUCCCCCGCCCUGCUGGCCUCCCCUCGCCUCUCUCCCCCUGACUAUUAUUUUUAGUGUGUGCGUGUGGACGCUUCUGGAGAGGGAGGUGGAAGGAAUUUUUUUUUUUUUUCCUCCUGACUUGAACGUAGGGUGACUUUUUGACUUUAUUUUUUGGUGUGGAUUAUCUCUUUGGAUCGCGCCGGACUUGGCCUCAGGAAAGCAACCGAGGCUGUCAGAGGCUGCGGCGGGAGGACGCUGAGCUCCGCACAAGGGGGUCCCCCCGCCCUCUUUCCACGUUUUUUUGCCUUUCUCUCUCCCUCUCUCCUCUCUCCCCACUCCCCCCGCUCUCUUCCCCACUCGGCUCCUCUCCCCCCUCGCGCCCACAGCGUUUGGUGUUGAUUCGAGCGGGAAGAGGGGGGUGGGUGGGAUCGGAGGGGGAGACCAUGACCUCCAGCUACGGGCACGUUCUGGAGCGGCAGCCGGCGCUGGGCGGCCGCUUGGACAGCCCCGGCAACCUCGACACCCUGCAGGCGAAAAAGAACUUCUCGGUCAGUCACCUGCUAGACCUGGAGGAAGCCGGGGACAUGGUGGCGGCGCAGGCGGACGAGAGCGUGGGCGAGGCGGGCCGGAGCCUGCUGGAGUCGCCGGGACUCACCAGCGGCAGCGACACCCCGCAGCAGGACAAUGAUCAGCUCAACUCAGAGGAAAAGAAAAAGAGAAAGCAGCGGAGGAACCGGACCACCUUCAACAGCAGCCAGCUGCAGGCUCUGGAGCGCGUGUUCGAGCGGACCCACUACCCCGAUGCUUUCGUGCGAGAGGACCUCGCCCGCCGGGUGAACCUCACCGAGGCCAGAGUGCAGGUGUGGUUUCAGAACCGAAGAGCCAAAUUCCGCAGGAACGAGAGAGCCAUGCUGGCCAACAAAAAUGCUUCCCUCCUCAAAUCCUACUCAGGAGACGUGACUGCCGUGGAGCAGCCCAUCGUACCUCGUCCUGCUCCAAGACCCACCGAUUAUUUCUCCUGGGGGACGGCCUCUCCAUACAGUGCCAUGGCUACUUAUUCUGCCACAUGUGCCAACAAUAGCCCUGCACAGGGCAUCAACAUGGCCAACAGCAUUGCCAACCUGAGACUGAAGGCCAAGGAAUAUAGUUUACAGAGGAACCAAGUGCCAACAGUCAACUGAGGAAAAAAAUAAUUAAACAGGCCUAAGAAGAAAUCAAAAAAACCAUAAGACACCUAUCCUGUUCUGUCAUUUCUUCAUCUGCUGGAAAAAAAUAAUAAUAAAAACAAACAAACCAUAAAAACAGAACUAAACUAUUGGGACCAUGGCAGAGAAGAGCAGGAGAGGAGCCAAAUGAAAAUUAGUUACCAAACGCUCCUCCUCCCUCUGGGACUCCAGCACCACUUGUUUCUGGGUGUGUUCAUUUUGUUUUUCCUUCUGUCCAUGCUUUGCUUCAUAUACUCCAAGCUUCUUCAGUUGGGUUCAGCCCACAUCCCCCUCCCUGAUUGUAUGGGUUUUUAAAAAGUCUACGGCAGCCAAAGAAACCAUAUAUAUAUAUCUCAAAAUAAUUGCCUAUAGUCUCCUCAUUGACGUGUUGAAACCUCAGUGCCUUGCCCCAUCCUUCUUCCCAGUUCUCUGUGUAGAAGCUUGAGGAACUUCUGAAAAGCCAAAGUCUUCCUAAAGAAUCUGUGCCAGACAUGAAUUCCUUUCUCCCUGUCUCCAUCUCUGUUGGUCAUGGGAAGGUUUUUCCAUCAGCUAUUGGGGGGGGGGGCAAUCAUGUGCAACAUCUGGUCAUUGGCCUGUCUGAUCCAGCGGGAUUGGCUGUGUCUGGCUUGUCCUAAGCAAUAAGCUCUAGACCUAAGCUCUAGAUUUAAGCUCCAAGCUAUAGACGACAUCACCAUCACCCCCAUCCUAACAGCCAUCUUAACUUAAAGAUAUUUGUUGUUCUUGAAAGAUUUGCUAUCAUGGACUAUUUGGUAGAAGAAAUAUAUUUUCUUCAUUUGAAUGAGGUAGAGAAAUUUCUCUCAGAAAACAAAGACCAAGUUAUGAAAGGCAUUGUCUAUGUCUCGUCGGUGCCUGAAGGGUCAUCAGAUGCACACAUAUAUAUACUGUAUAUAUUUAUAUAUUAUAUAUAUAUAUAUAUAAAAUAUCCUUGCAAGCUUGAGUUUGCAGUUUCUCAAACACAACAAAAAGCAAAUUUCACACCAUCACCACUGUCCUUCUCUCUGCAGUGAUGAGACUUUUUAUUGGGGAUUUUGUUUCCUUUCUUGCGCUCCACAAAAUUCUCAUUAAGGCCACAGAGCAACUGAUAGGGCAGCUAUUGGAGAACAGGUCUCGUUUUCACAUUAGGGCUUUAAAUAAAUGAGAAACAAUGUGAGGCUGUAAGAAUGUCCUUGAGUUUGGAGCCUGAGCUCUGGUGGAAUGCUGAUCCGUCCUGAUCUAUCAUGGGAAUUACACUUAGAGAGGGGAGGAAAAGCCACUUGGCCAUCUGCCCUUUUUCUACUCAACAGGAAUCUGAAAGACACAUGCUUAUUGGAAUACUUAAAGGUUUGUCUAAAUUUCAAAAAAGGCAAUUAUGGGCUCUUUUUAUUUUUUAAUAUUUUGAAAUAAAGGUUAGUGACUAGGGCUGGGAGCCAGGACUGACCUUUUUUUGUUUGUUUCUCUUUGUUUCCAGCUGUGCUUUUGUAACUUGCCAGGUGGAUUUGACCAAACCCCAUUACCAUGCAGUGCCUCAGUUUACCUUUUUGUAAAAUGGGUUUAACAAUAGUUACCUACCUCACAGGGGUGUUGUGAGGCCCUAUUCAUUUGCGCCUUUGUUCUUUCCUGUAUUCUCUGUAUUUCCAGCACUUUGUAGCCAUGAAAGGAAGGGGACUAUAAAAGUAGUCAAGGCUAAUGGGAGGAUACGUAUCUGGGAGCCUUGUUUUCUAGCAAGAAAAUGCUACCUUGCUUUUAAUGCUUAUAAUUUUGCAUUUGGAAAUGAGAAAUGGGUUUAUAUUUACAGACCCCCUCAGAAUUCACAUCAUUUGACUAAAGAAUAAUUUAAGGCACACUUUCAACUUACAUUUUCAUCCUGACCAGCUUGGUUCUAAUAAUUUUAGUUAUCAGUGAUUAAAAAGCUUUAGAUUGAUUUUGGCCAAAUAUGUCAACUUUCGGUGACAGGCAAGGGAUUGGGAGUUUAAGAUGCACCUUGAGCACAGAUUUGUUAUUUGUCUUGGCAUACCAGGUUGAACUCACGGUGGUAUCUUUUCAGUCAAACAGCCACCAAUCUGAAAAUGUAUUUCCAGUGUUGAUUCUUUACUUUUCUCUGUAACAAGAAGGAAGCCCAUCUGAUGCAUUGUGCUCUCAUCAACUGAUUCCCUGUUCUUUUCACCUACUAUUCAAACAUUUCUUACCAGAUGGUUCACGUAGGCUAGCUGAACAACACACAUUACUUGCUUCCCAAAGAGUCCCUGGACUAAUUAUUUUGUCCCAUUAGCUGCUGUGGAUUAUCAAGUUUCAAAGGAACAGUACAUCCAGACAGAUUAAAACAUUGUUUGUGAAGUCAGUGCAAUCCAAGAAAUCGGUGAACUUUUGGAGUUUGGGGUUUGGGGAGAAAGGCUAAAAGAGGAUUUGGAUUACAGUGCGGGGAACAGAAAUUAUACAUGAAAAAAUUUGCUAAAAGGGGCGGAAUCUUAGAAGAGGCAGCCAAGAGAUAGAGGGUCAUAUGAAAGUCAUUUACAGCUUCUAUCUUCACAUCCAUGUUCAGUGAUGAACAGAAAAGUCUGAACCCAUAACCCGAAUGCUAGGUGAAACUGGGCAGUUUUAUGCAAUGCCUGGGCAAGUGAUGUCUGGGAAUAUCACAGAGGAACCAGGAUUGGUCAGCCACGGGCACUGGCAUUGUUGGUGAAUGUAUACCACAAGCAUCUAUUAUCUAAGCAGUUGAUUGAGAAGUAUACCCAUGGUAUAAGCACUCAGUGUUGUUCAUUUAUUACUGACUUGACAUAAAUAGGAGUUUCAUGUGUGAUUUGGAGGAGUAGCCUUCUGGCUCCUGAGCCACGUGUUAGUCAAUAGAGGGCCUCAGGGCCACAGAGUUCAGAGGCAUACCCCAGUUCCUCACUGUCACUAAACUCAGAUACAGAUGAAUACAUGCAAACUAUCUGUCUGUGUCCCCAGUCCUUCCAAAACAAGAUGCCUGAUUUGUGGGAUAUGUGGCAGGUGAAAUGGAACCAGAAGAGGUGACUGAAUAAAAAAGGGAAUGACAUUUUAGGUAUAAAGAUCUCAUAAGAAAUGUAAUAUGUAAAUUAUAUCUUGCUUUAUGAUGUAAAAUAUACAUUGUUUGCGCUAGAAUAGAAAUGAUUCCUUUUCAAUAAAAAGAAUCAAGGAUA